UUAGACUAAAUAAUUUAGGAGAUUUUACAUGAUUUAUUCAGGUAGAUUCCAUUAAAGAAAUCAAGCUCUAAAAACUAUUCAAGUAGAAAGAUAGCAUAUAAUUUUUACUAUCUAUCUAUCUAUCUAUCUAUCUAUCUAUCUAUCUAUGUUUGUCUAUCAUCAAUCUAUCUAUCAUCUGUCUGUCAUUCUGUCUGUCUGUCUCUCAGUCUACAUCUACAUCUGUCUGUCUCUCAGAUCUACAUUUGAGUAUUUUAUUAUUGUUCAUCAAACUGCCCAUUGGUCCAGCCCUGAAACAUCAAAGUAGUUUUAGUUCUGGUACCUCCAUCUGGUUAAGUUAGUACAUUCCACAUUGGGCCAAUUUCUGUUUCACUGCAGUGGUCUAGAGCCUGUCAUCCUUAAACAGAGAAAAUGCUCAUUCUCAGGUCUUUUUCAUCUCUCUCUAAUAGUAGAAUGAAACAUCAGCCUCAGAAACUGCUGACUGAAGACAGCGAGACCUGCGGCAUGUCUCCAGGGGUUUGCUGGUGUGAUCAUGCUAAAGCUCGUCCUGAGGCGUGGCUCCUGCCUUUGGCCUCAACCCAAGUCUGUGUGGUGCGACAGUCCUGCACUCAAAACAGCCUCCCACACCGCUCCCCCACAGCCAAUACUGAUGACUCAUCAGGAAAAAGUGUGAUGGGAUGCAGCUUCCUAAAAAAUACUGACUUUAACAGCGCUCAGAUGCAUUUUGUCAACAUGUCUUCUCUAACCCAUUUUAGAUGCACAAUAUGUUUGAGAUGAAUGCAAAUUUCCAGCUGAUUUUGAGUCCGCACAGGAUUCUGCAUCAAGGAGGGUCAUCGGGUUAGACCUCUUGUGUCUCAUUCAGUAUUCAGACACUGCAGAGGCACAGCCUGCCACCCGCAUUACAACACACUGAGUUAGACACUCCCUUCUCACUGCAACAUGCAGACAUGCAGCACCUCUGCUUACACACAUGAUUCCAUAAGGUAUACAGUAACAAGAAUUUUAUUUCUCGUUUUAUUUAUUUAUUUUGCUUUGCCAUAUUAAGAAUUGGUGCUUAAUUUCUGUUUCCAAAAAUUAUUCGUAAUGGUCUCAAAAAGACUUUUUAUUUUUUCUAAUAAACGCAUGAAUGAUAAGGUAAUAUGCAUGCUAUACACUCACAAAAUCAGUUUGACUGCACCACAUUUGUGCUUAAUGUUGGUUGCCACAUUACUUUUGUACUGAAUUUAAUAAAGAAUAUUAUAAAGAUCCUUAUUAUGACAGAUAGUAAAGUAACAAUUUCAGCUGCACUGCAAAAGAAACUCUAGGCAAUAUUUCUGUUCCUCGGAACCUUCUGGAAAUCCAGAAAUGAGUGCCCUUAAAUUCGUGGAACUACAAUAUAUAUUUCAAGUGCUUUAAAACCUUCCUUUGAACCAACGACUGCCUUUAAAGCUAUUGCAAGAACUUUCAGGCUCAGUUUUGGCUUUUGAAAAGGUGCUCAUGGAUUCUCCAAAUGUCAUCCGAGGAACCCCAAAUGUAGCUUUUCAUUUUUACAUCUAUUGACCUUUAUUUAUCCUCAGUUCUCUGCAUGAUGACAAUCUCCAUCGCAUGGAAAAGGAUGAGUGGCCACAAAUGCAAAGGCAGUGAAUGAAUGAGCUCUCUCCAGGGACUCUGUCUUUUUGCUCAGGGUUGCAGGUUUCCCCCUCCACCACCGCCCCUGCGUCAGAUGAUGCUCGCGCUCUGUGCCUAUAAAAGAUGCCGGUGUGACAUCCAGACUGGCACUCUCUCUCUCUCUUUCUCUGUCUUCCCACAUCCACUCACUUCACUCACUCGGUCUGUGUGAUCUUGAGCAUUCCAGUAUGAGUUAUUCCGGCGACAUGUACUCGAGCAGCUCAUACAGGAAGAUUUUUGGUGAUGCGCCACGGCGCGUCCCCGUGGGCAGCAGCCCGUCCCGGGUGACGGUGAGCUACCGCUCCGUACCCCAGCAGCAGCAGCAUCACCGCACCUACGGCUCUCCAUCCCCCAUGAUCACAUCCUCAAGUUACCGGACCAAACUCGGAUCAAGCCGCGGCUUCCAGCCGGACACCGUGGACCUGACGCAGACCACCGCCAUCACCAACGAGCUGAAGAUCAUCCGCACCAACGAGAAGGAGCAGCUGCAGGGCCUGAACGACCGCUUCGUGACGUUCAUCGAGAAGGUGCAUAACCUCGAGCAGCACAACAAAGUUCUGGAGGCGGAGGUCGCGCUUCUGCGCCAGCGCCACAACGAGCCGUCGCGCCUGCACGAUCUCUACGAGCAAGAGGUCCGCGAGCUGCGUGCUCGCGUCGAGGAGCUGACGCACGAGAAGAGCCAGAUGCACCUGGACUGCGUGCAGAUGAACGAGGCGUUGGAGCGCGUCAAGGAGAAGCUGGACGAGGAGACCCGGCUGCGGGAGGAGGCCGAGAACAGCCUCAAGGGAUACCGCAAGGACGUGGAUGAUGCCACCCUGUCUCGCCUGGAGCUGGAGAAGAAAGUUGAGUCACUGCUGGAUGAGAUCGCGUUCCUCAGGAAAGUGCACGAGGAAGAACUGCAGGAGUUACAGGCGUCACUUCAGGCCACCCAGGUGUCUGUUGAGAUGGAUGUCAGUAAGCCUGAUCUUGCUGUGGCCCUGAAGGACAUUCGUGCCCAGUACGAGUCUCUCUCUUCCCGUAACCAGCAGCAGGCAGAGGAAUGGUACCGCUCCAAGUUCGUCUCUGUGACGGAGGCAGCGGCACGCAACAACGAUGCUCUGAAGCAGACCAAGGAUGAGCUGUCCGAGUACCGCCGACAGCUGCAGGCCCGCACUCUGGAGAUUGAGUCCCUGAAAGCCCAUAACGAGUCUUUAGAGAGACAGCUGGCUGAGAUGGAGGACCGCAACAAUAACGAGAUCGGCGAGCUGCAGGACACGAUUCAGCAACUGGAAUCUGCUCUUCGGAGCACAAAAGGUGAGAUGUCCCGCCACCUGCGCGAAUACCAGGACCUGCUGAAUGUCAAGAUGGCACUGGACAUUGAGAUCGCAGCCUACAGGAAGCUGCUGGAAGGUGAGGAAUGCCGUCUGAGCUCUGUGAGCGGAGCCAUGAUGCAGUCCGCCUACUCUUAUCCAUCAAGCCGCACUUACGCCUUAAGCUCCUACAGGAGGGGUGUAGCCAAACCUGAGACAGAGGAAGAGGAAGAGCAGGUGGAGGUGGAGGAGGAGGAGGAAGAGAAAGAGGAGGAGAAGGAAGAAGUAGAGGAGGAGGAGGGAGGAGAGGAAGGAGAGGAGGCCGAGGAAGGAGAAGAACAGGAAGAAGGAGGCGAUGAGCAGGAGGAGGAAGAGGAGGAGGAAGAAAAGGAGGAUAAGAAGGAAAAGGAGGAUGAGAAGAAGGAAAAAGAAGAAAAGAAGAGUCCAAAGGAGCUGAAGGAGAGCGAGAAGGAGAAAGAGAAAGAAAAGGAGAAAGAGAAGGAGAAGAAGAGCGAUAGCAAGGCAGAUAGCAAUAAGGCAGAUAGCAAGAGUGAAAAGGGGGACAAUAACAAAGGCGAAAAGGCUGCUGCGGUCAAGAGCAAGUAAAGCUGCAUACCAUCACCGCUUCCGCCACAUCCGUCUGGACCCCUCCAUGUCCUCUUUAUCUCUCUGUCACUCUGCCACACACAACACCACCAAACAAACCUCAUCUUCUCAUCUUCACUUUCAUUUCAUUAGGUAUGGCUGAUUUCAUCUGCUGAUGUAUCAGGAUCUCUGCGGGAAAGCAUCGAGUCAGUAAUGAAAGCACUAAAACGGUUUUCUGUAUAGCACUCAAGAGAUUAAACAGGGUCUAUGCAGAAAGUAUAUGGAGUAGUUCACCCAAAAAUGACAAUUUUCUAAUCAUUUACUUUCUUUCAAUAGGAGAUAUUAGGCACAAUGUCUGAGUUUCUGUUUUUCAUACAAUGGAAGUGGAUGCUGAGUAAAUUUCCAACCUCCAAAAGGACAAAAAAUAUUAAGUAAGACAUGUUCAUGGAUCAACAUAUUUUGUUGAUCCUGGAUCAACAUUCCAGUCCUAAAAUCUUCCCUAACCUAAAUCAACCCUAACCUAACCCUAAAAUAAUAAGUAUACCCCUAAAAUCAGAGGAAAAUGAUGGGUGAAUAACAAUGAUGUAGAAGCACCUAACCCUGGUUGUAAGCCUAAACUUGACAUAAACUGUAAACCUGUCCCUCAAAUCUGAUUGGUUGAUUGGAAUGUUGUUCCAGGAUCAACAAAGAUGUUGAUCCAGGAACGUGGUACUUGGUGAAAUCACGUUCACAGCGAUUCACAGGUUACGUAAUGACAUAGCGGAACAGUGCGCCAUUUUGUUUUUAUUUAACACAAGUGCAAAUGAGAUUUGUGACCUCAUAUGGACCACUUUUAGGUACCAUUCACACAGCAUGUUUUUCCAUUCCACUUCACUGAUUUUUACAUAAUUUUUCGAUGUAAACAUGCCUUAUAUAGACGUGUUGGACCAUUGCGCCAUCUUAUGCAGCGUUUCAUGCACGAGGCAGUGCCCUAAAUAUGUUAAAAGAAGUUUAAAUUUGACGAAACACCUCUCUAGACCUUGAUUUUUAUUUAUUCCCACUACCCUUCAUCUGGCUUUUUUACAUGUGUACCUUAUUGGCUGUAUAAAUCACCAUCCACUUCUUUCGUAUGGAAAAGAGAAACUGUUAGUCUACGCUACAACAACAUUUAGUCUAAGCCAGAGGAGUCCAGACUCGGUCCUGGAGAGUUUAGCUCCAACUUGCCUCAAAACACCUGCCUGAAAGUUUCUAGUAUGCGUAGUAAGACCUUGAUUAGCUGGUUCAGGUGUUUAAUUGGGGUUGGAGCUGAUCUCUGCAUGGAUAGUAAAUGCUCCAUACUCCAAUCCAGUAGGUGGCAGAAAAUGCACCUUAUAGUUUGUUUGCCAACCGUCAAUUAAACAACAGAAGAAGAAGAAGGCGACAGUGGCCCUCCAGGAGCAGGAUUGGACACCCCUGGUCUAAGCUAUUCUUUAUGUCACAAUAAAGACAACAAUACAGGGUCAGAACGACAUUAGGAAGAUUAAACGAUGACAAAUAUUCAUUUUCGUGUCAAGAUAGCAAUGUAAGUGAAGAUCAGACAGCAAAGACCCCAUUCAUACCUGGUGUUCACGUGCCAUUAGUAGUGCAGGACAGCACAAAGGAAGGUGAUGCCAUGGAAGGCAAAAUGAACUGGUUCCAACCUCUCGGUGCUAUUUGAUUUUAAAAAUAAGUGAGUUUGGACUUUGGAAGAGGUAAUAAUUCAGAGCAACAGCAUAUCCAUUACAUAGAGCGUCACUUGAGUCCUGAAUGUAUGUCAUGAGCCAAGCACAGGGACAGGGCACAUCUAUUUUUCCAGCGAUAUUAGGGCAUCUAUACCCACAUGAAUGAAAUUGUCCAAGCUCAUUUCAUUAAGUUCACUCACAGGGGAAAGAAUGUUUCAUUCACAUUCUCAUGCAAAGCAUGCAUCAUUUUAGAACUUUAAUAUAUGCAUCUGUCCAUUCGUUCACGGUUUCCUUAAUUGCAAUGGUCACAGCACGGCAAACGUGGUGGCAUGGAGUUCAACGAGGUUGGUGAGAUUAAAGAUUAAACAUUUAUGGAUUUCUUGGGGAGGGUUUCAACGUUUAGAUUUUGGAGAGAAGAGUGCAUCUGUAGUGUGGGAAAAUCCUUCUGCAAUUUAGAUUCUGACGCUUUAGACGACUGCUGCUAAAUAUCCCUCUAUUCCUUCCUGUGUUCAAAAUUGACCUCCUCUUGAUUGAUUCAUUUGUGAAGGAGCAGAUUGCACUGUUUCUGAAGUUAACCUUCCUCUCUCUUAUUCGCUCUUUCUCCCAUUUUCUCUUUCUAAUCUGUGGCAUGGCUUCCUUCUGAAACUAGACGAGGUUCCAGCCUUUUUCUUUAGUGUUUCUGCUCACAAAUGGGUGAAUUUCAUGAGAACAUGUCUGGGUCGCCCCUGAAAUCAAAAGAAAAAACUGUUUUGCUUGAUGAAAAUGAAGACUACUUUGAGGACAAUUAAGAUUCGUUGCAUCCGCUCCCAAUGCCCAGCUAACAGGGAACGUUCUCAGAACUUUGGUUAACGAUCUGGCGAGGUUCUCUCAUAGUUAUGAAAACAUUUCAGUAAAGUUAGUGGAAGUUAGUGUUAUCUGGUCUCCAAUGAUGUUCUCAAAAUGUUAGCACAAAAUUAUUAUCUAUACAUUGCUCAUUAACAGUUUAGCUGUACGGUCAUCUAAUGUUUUUGAAAUGUUUCAGGACGUUCAGAGAACAUUCAAAAGUAACGUUCCCAUAAUGUUUGCAAAAUGAUAAAAUGGAAUGUUUCCUCAACAUUCGCAUAACCAAAAAAAUAAAUUAAAACAAACGGGAUGUUUUGAAUGUAAAGAGAACUUUAAGAAAUAACAUUUUCAUAACCUAAUGGGAACGUUAGCAAAAUGUUCUUACAACAUAUAUUUGUUAGCUGGGUUCUCAUUACCAUAAUGCGUCUGGAUGUUUUGUUUUAUUUCUCAUUACUUUUCUUAUUAUUCUGAUCAUUUUUACUGUAUUACAGUAAAAUUACUACUUUUAUUACAGUAAAAAUUCUGUAAUACAAUGAUUUUAAUUCCAUUAACCCCUUUUCAAAUUUCCAGGGUUCUCAGAAGCAGAAUUCAUCAUAGUUGGGUAACCUUCGAUUUGAUUUUACCAUUUAUAUACAGAUUUUUUUAUAUAUCACUUUAUAGUAGUGGAAAUUGGGAGGGAUUUCAUUUUCAUGAAAAAGCAAAAAAAAAAAAAAAAAAUCUUAAUCGUCCUUUAUUUUCUUUGUGCAAAAUAUUUUCUUUGUCCUUCUUUUGGUUUUGGGGUUAAAUACAUUUUAGGCAUGUUCUUGACCCAAUGGAAGACAGAAAGCAUUAGUCUGUUUACAUGAAUUUGUUUUGUUUGUGUAUAUUUGUUGUGUUUCUUUUUUUUUCCUGUGUGUGUGUGUGUGUGUAGAAGAGCUUUCAGGCUUCAGGAAGCAGUGUAAACACUCAUGUUUUCUGCGACACUGCAGCUGGUCGUGACAGGUCCAGCUCUCUUCUCACCCUGCAGGUGACAGGCUGGCCAUAGAGAGGGCAGAGGGGUCACAGACAGUCACACCUACAGCCAUAGAGAAGGGCUAUUAACUGCCACAUUAUUACUCCAGAAAAACAGCCAAUACAAGAGCCCAUUCAGACAGCUUUAUGAACCACCGGCAAUGACCCUUCUCAAUGCAGACCUGCUUGAUUGAAUGUUUAAGGGACACACAUUCUGUGACAUUAUGAUCAAUUUAGAUUUAUUUACAGCUGUGCGAAAGUAUCGAGAUUGUUUCUAAAAUGCGAUCUGAUCUUCAUGUGUCACAAUAAAUAAUCUUAUGAAGUCAAUGACACUCAAUACCUGGCUAAAUCUUUAUUUAACAAAUGGUUAAAAAUAUCAGCAUCAUGGAUGGAAAAAUACCUAAUGAAUCCAGUAUUUUGGCACAUUUGAAUCAAAAAUCUUCUGGUUAAUGUAUCUUAAAUGGGUGUUUUGUAUCACAUCAAGCCAUUUCUUUUUUUUUCACAUCAUUUAUUUCUUCUUGCAUAAACCUUUGUGCAAAUAAAGAGUUAAAUGUCUGCCCACAGAAUAUUGUUCUGGUAGUAGUGUUAUCCAGGUAGUGUUUAGCAAACAUGGGUAUUUGAAUCAAUGCGGACAAAUCUCUUGAUUUUGGGAAGGCAGUGCAAAUCUAACCACACCUGACUGGAGAUGCACCCAUAUCCUUGAUUUUAACUUUUUCCAUCAAUGGUCUUGAUUUGAUCAAUAGAUAUAUGACAGUUGAAAAUGUUACCUGUUGUUUGUUAAAUAAGACUUGUUUUCUCUUGUAUAAAUUAAUUCAUUGACUUCAGUCUGCACUCUAAGAAAAGUCUGUAAAAAUAGAGCCCAAUACUAUGUUUAAGGUACGGUAGGCAAUUUCAGAGAAGCUAGCAAUAAUAAGUUAGCUUUGAAAGCAUGAGAUCCCACCCUCCCUUCGGAGCGCUUUCCAAAGCCACGCCUCCUCCAAAACACAUGAACGCACACAGAAGAGUCUGCACAGCAUCACGAGAGACUGCGUUAAAUUACCUCAUGUCUCAAAGCACAUAACAUUACAAUAAUAAUCAAUGUAAACAAUGUACAGAGCUCUUACUUGUACCACCUGACUGCUGCAGAUUCAUUUCGGCGUUGAUAGUGUUGACAUAGAAACAUAAAUCCGAGUUUGAGGACGUGAAGAGCUCCAGGUAGAACGUCAAGGGUUGGCUUAUCGUGAUUACAGUUAUGACAUGGCAUGAACACAAUGUUGUUUUGGUUCAGGAAGAACUGUAAAAGGUGGCAGCUGUUUUGUUUGCUGCGCUCGGUGACUGUCUGUCCACAACUCUGCACAGACUUAUGGAGCGCGCUGGUGACGUGUGAUGUCUGGAGGUAUGGAAAUACAUAUGUUUACAGGCAGGUAGGACAUCGUAUCAUUGCAUUCAGACCGAAUGAUACAUGUAUGUUUUAAUAUUUCGACCACUUCUAUUAUUGAUUGCUAUCAGGAUGUGAAGGAAGUUUCAACCAGAAUAACAAAAAGUGUUUAUGAAAAAAACUGCCUACCCUAACUUUAAUAUGAAGGACAUUCUGUAUUGAUUUUUACCCAAAUUUUGAAUUACUCAUAACAUUGUAUUGUUUUAGAGUUAGGAAAUGUCCGGCACUUAAUGGAUAAUGUCCUGGAAGAAAAUUACUGGUAUACUUUUCUUAGAGUGUGGAGAAAGUGUGGUGACAGUUUACUAUUCAGCAACCUUUAGGACUUAUUAUAAUCCAAAAGAGUAGAAGAGGACGGAAGAGCCAAGAGCAAGAUUUCCAAGAAAUGUAGCAAUUAUUCAUGAAAUGAAUAAAUCAAGAGGAGUUUCAAUCUGCAUGGCUUGAUUCACUUGAAGCUUGACAAUAUGAGGGGGUGGGAUAGAUUUGCUUGAUGUGUGUAAAAAUGUACGUAAAUGCCUUAAUCAUGAAUCUAAACUGCUUAAAAGAGUCCUCACCUUUUCUGCAUCUCGACACUGUUUUAGAGAUGGUUCAGGAGUGCUGACACUUUAACUGUAUGGCUGCUAACUGAUACAGUAUGUUCCCCUAAAGCCAAAUAAAGCCAUUUAUCAACCAAA